GUUCCGUUUCCUUGGCGUGAACCGUAGCGGAACCGUCAUCCAUCGACGACUUCCGUCGCGCCCGAGGCACAGCGAGGCGCCCGAAACAAUUGUCUGUCUCCAUGGCGGCAACGACGACGGCGACGUCGAGGCGGGCGCCGGCCGUCCUCGCCCUCGCCCUCGCCCUCCUCCUCCUCGCGGCGGCGCCCUCGGCCUCCGCCAGGGGCGACGGCAACGGCGUGUACGAGCCGUGCGCGGACGCGACGGUGAGCCGCGGCGACGGGUUCACCUUCGGGGUGGCCUUCGCGGGGCGCGACGCCUUCUUCUCCGGCGGCGUGCAGCUCUCCCCCUGCGACAGCCGCCUCAACCUGGCCGGCGCCGGCCCGCUGCUCGCGCUCUUCCGCCCCACCGUCGACGAGAUUUCGCUCCUCACCGUCAACGCCUCCGGCGCCGGCGACCUGACAUCCGCUGGUGGGUACAUGGUGGCAUUUGCCGGGAGGAAAUUCGCGGCAAGGUCGCCGCCCGUGUUCGUCGGCAACAGCUCGUACACAGUCACCGGCUUCACCCUGGUGUUCGAGUUCCACAAGGGCACGCUCCAGAACCUCUUCUGGAAGUCCGACGGCUGCUCGUCGUGCUCCGGGCAGGCCAACUUCGGGUGCGUCGAGAACAGUUGCGCGAUCAAGACGUCGAGCUGCAGGGGCAACGGCGGCGGCGGGCAGGUGGACUGCAGCCCCGGGAUCCAGCUGGCCUUCUCCGGCACGGACAAGCACGAGGCGGUGCUCAACUCGUGGUACGAGGUGUCCAAGCUGAAGCAGUACUCCCUCUUCGGCCUCUUCUCCGGCCUCAAGGACUCCCUGGCCGGCCAGUUCAGCAACUUCUUCUAGCAUCGUGUCGUGUGUGCUCGGUCCGUCCACAUCGUGCAGCUUCUGAAGGCAGUCACACACACCCGUUGCCUCAUAUUGCGUCGUCACCCGUGUAGUGUUUGUUCAAGCUGUCGCGAUAUACUGUCACCCGUGCAUGCCGUGUGACGUUUGUAACAAAAUGCUCUGUAUAUCGAUUAUCAGCUGCUACGUACGCUCGUUAACUGAUAGGUAUAUAUAGAGACAGUGUAAGCUACGUACGACGAAACUAGUGUAUUUUUUGUAAUGUAUAAUGUAAUGGUAUUUGUGUAUUUUUGUGGUACGGUAUGGAAGAGAUGGUGGUUUGAAACGAGUA